AUAGGUACUUAGGGCAUACCUAAAAGUCUCUCAAGCAGCUGCCUCUCCUCACUCAAAGGCCCUUUCUCUUCUGUUUUAGAAAACCCUUUCCUUGUUGUUCCUUUUGGUUGAAGAUUUCAGCGAUAUGUCGUUAACAAGUGAGAAGAGGGACGAGAUGAAUGAAGACAGGAUGGGCAAGUUAUCUGAUGAUCUUCUCCUUAAAAUCAUGUCUUUCUUAAACACCAAGCAGGCAGUUCAAACCUGUGUUUUGUCCAAGAGGUGGAAGCCCCUCUGGCAAUCCCUUCCUAACCUUGACUUCAAUUUCGAUACUUUCCCUUUCCAACAGGAAAUAGAUGACGAGGACGAAGAGGAGUUAGAGAUGAAGAUGUGUUCUUUCAGCAAGUUCAUCAGCCAAGUCCUUUUCCGGCGUUGCCCCACUGACCUUGUCAAGGUUUGUGUCCAAUCCCAUGUCUAUGACCCGCAUUGUUUUCUCGUAGAUGGAUUGAUUUGUUAUGCUGUUAAACACAAUGUCCAACAACUCACUGUUCAUCUCCUCUCCGAUUGCCCAUAUUUAUUUCCUGAGAGCUUCUGGACUUGUCGAUCAUUGACAUCACUCGAGUUGAAAGGUACUGAUUGGAUGCCCAUGAAACUACCCACAUUACUGGCUUGUCCAGCUCUUAAGUCUUUGCGUCUUUCUCAGUUCUCUGCGGCUGGACCAAACUUUGAACCAACGGCUUUCUCAGGUUGCCCAAAUCUUGAAAAUUUGAAACUUUUUGAUAUUUUAGCGGUGGGUAGUAAAGGUUUAUGUAUUGACGCUGAUAAUCUGAGAAGCUUGGUACUUUCAUUUGCAUCUCUUGGUGACGGUAAGGUUGAGAUUUAUGCUCCCCGACUCACAACCUUUAAGUAUUCUGGUACUCCUCCGAUUGUGUGCUUAACGGAUCACCCAGAUUCUGUCGAUGAUGUAUAUUUUGAUUUAAAGACACCACCCAGAUUUAAACGCAGUGAAAAAGAGUAUGGUCUUCGCUUGAUCAACAUCCUUAACGAGUUUCGUCAUGCAAAAUCUUUAACAUUAUCAUUGUCAGUGGAGGUUCUCACCAAAUGUUGUUCCUUGCGGGAUCAAGAUCUACGACCAUUUGCUAAUUUGAAGAUAAAAGUUGACAAGUGGCUAUUCAUGAAGCCUAAAAGUUUUGAACGUAUCCUGGACAGCCUUCUCAGCUGCUCUGCUACAAUGAAACUAUAUGAUUUCUCAGGCAUGGAUAGCCAAAUGGCAGGCUAUGAGAGUCCUGUGGGUAGCGAUUAACUCGGGAUUUGUAAACUCUUUCUAAAACUGAUUGUCAGUCUUUUAUGUUGGUCUUUACUGUUUUGUUUAUGUAUGGCAUUACUUGUAAAGUUGGGAGAACUUUGGCUAUAUAUAUGGAUGAAUUUCAAUAUCUGAUUUUCUAAAUAAAUGAUAACAAUGUUGUACUA